AUGAAAGAAGAAAAAGACGGACGUAUUGCAAAAGAGGUGGAUGUAGAAGAGAAAAGAUGGCAGAGAAUCAGUGGUGAAGGAGCAGGCAUACACGCAAAAAACACGAAUGGUGAUCCCACACUUCACACCACUACAAGAAACAGCGCUACUGUACACGCAGCCAACGCUAAUCACAGAGCAUUGACAGAAUGUGGCAUGUCUAUUGAAGUGAGGUAUGGUGUGCCUCGUGAAUUAUACGCUUUGUUGCCCCUCAAUCUGAAUUUUGAAACUCUCCCCGAGAGCUACACGCACGAAACUGGUGGAAAGUUACCUUUUUUCAAAACUUUUGUGGGCGACUUUGUUGAAAUGUCAGGAAAAACAAUGAGAGGAAAAGUGGGAAGGAGGGGAGGGCUAGGCGCUGCCGACAGGAGAUGCCCGGCGUGGAGUGGCAAACGGAUCGACGCCUCAAAAGAUCCUCGCACGGGUUGCUUCUCGGCAGACGCACCCACCUGGAGCGCGGUGGCAGCUCCACCCUCCCAGCUUCAUUCUAUUGGCUCUGCGGCGGCAGCAGCAGCCACUGGCGCUGCUAUUGCCGCGACGGCUGCGGCUGCGGCAACGGCGAGGGAUACGGAGGCGCUGACUUCUUUGGAGAAGAUACCUAUAAGGGUGGUGGGAGCUCGCGUGGCAGUGCAAGUGCGCAUUGGAGGCCAAGACUUACUCAUGGGCAUGGAUAGCUGCAAAGAAGGCCUUCGUCUCUUCGCAUCUGGCAGCUCUUCUUGCACAUCUGGGAGGCUUGCCGCUGUUACACCGCAUCCGCAGGAGCCCCCCCACUAUGAGCGCAGCAGCGACGCAGCAGUGAUAGAAGUAGCUGCCAACGACUCGGAGCAACAGCGUGCCUCGCCUUUUCCGCCUGAGCGACAGCGGCAGCUACAGAAGCCUCUGAACCGUCGCAAACAUCAGAAGCAGCAGAAUCAGGCAUGCUAUGACCCCGAAAUGUCUGGUGCAGCUUCGUGGUGUUUGAACUGGCAUGAAAUCUGCACAGCCUUUUCAGAGACGCCCUUCACCUGCCGUCCUUCGCAGCAGCACGAUCCCCAAUAUGCUGUUAAAUAUAAGCAAGUCGUCGAUGGUAUUAUUGUUUCUGAGAUGCGGCUAGAGGGCUUCGAUACCGUCGAGUUGGUUCCGCCACUCCCCCCCAUUACGGCGGGCAGCAUGCACCAAGAGGUCCCCCUAGUAGAUGCUGGCUUUCGAGGAGAGCGCUCUCUUCCGAACUCUUCUUCCUUUCGCCUUAGCAAGUUUCCUGUCAAACUGGUGCUUGAGCGCGAGACAGACUUCGAUGCCUACAAGGGUCUUGACGGAGUCUGGGGUGUUGCUGGUCCCGACAUUUGCUGCCGCGAGGCCUCCUUGUGGAAUAUGCUGUUAGAGCCGUCCGUGAAUGCCGUGGGAUUCGAUAUUAAUCUGCCUGAUCGUGUGGCAAGCCCCUUUGCCGCGGCGAGAGCCUCUCCAGAGGGGAGGAAUGAAGGCCUCCCUGCAGUGCCUCCUUCUUUUAUGUACCUUGCAGCCGACGCCCAGCAAAUCUUUGGGGGAAUGCUGUGGGCUCAUCGCAUGCAGACGGGAGCUGCAGGGUAUGACGGCUUGAUUCACUUCACUACCUUCGACUGGAAACUCUGCGGAGAAUCCGUCGGUCACCCUCUCUCCAAUAGCUGGGAAGCCAUCGUGGAUCUGAGUUCGGAAUGCUUGGUGGUGCCUCCCCCCAUGUGGAGGAGUCUGCGUGCAUGGCUGCCUCUGGAUGUGAAGCACGAGCUGUGCAAAGAUCCUGACUCUGAAGACAAUAUCUCACAGGCUUCCAUCGCGCAUCCAGCAAUUUUGAAGGGCAGUGGGGAGGAGCAGGUGAUGUACCGACGGACUUGCCCGCUACUCAAGACUCCCACCAGUCGUCAGCUGCCUGCUCUGUCGUUCUCCCUCUCGCAGUCUCAAAUUCAGAACCCGCGUUUACAAAUACCGUUGGAUCGACUUGUGGUUCACGAGGAGGGGAUCGGGGAUGUCCUCUGCGUAGUGCCUCAGCCGUUCCUGUCUGUAGCUGCAGAUCAGUGGAGGCAGAUUCGCUUUGGCACGCGAGUCCUUUCCGCCUUCAAUGUGGUGAUGGAUCGAGCCAAUUGGCGCGUGGGCAUUCGAGAAAAAAACGUCAUGCCCACCACUGAUGCAGCCUGCCAACCCCGGGCCGUUUGCGCGGGCAACCAGACGUACGUGCCGUAUACCAACCGGUGCGCAGAUCCCGACUGCAGCGUGAAAAUCCUCUUCGAAAUGAACCCUGAGACAAAGGUAUGCGAACUGGCAUGGUGGGUUCCUGCUGCAGUUGUGACUGCUGUUGCAGCCGUUGUUGCGUUGGAAGUCUUUGUUUUGUAUCUAAGAAAUACAGUAGUGGCAGAGGCCUGCUCCGGUGGAAGGUGA